UGGAUGCUCUGACAGUUCUUCUUUGUGUUCUUCUAACCACUACAGGCUGUCAAGGAUUCAGCAAAGCAACAACCAUUUGGUGGCCAUUGACAACAGACUUUCUAGACACAACAUUGGAUCCAUCAGCAGAACCAUGUGGUGACUACAUGACAGAUUGGAUGGGUGAAUUUUCCAGCCCUCAGUACCCAAACAAUUAUCCCAAUAAUGCACGGUGCACGUGGACCAUUCACAGCACAGGACAAACAACAGUGCUCUUGACUUUCACCUUUGUGGAUUUGGAAAAAUGCUGUGAUUACAUUAAAGUAUUUGACGGUCCUACUACACUUUAUCCUUUACUUGGAGAACUGCGAGAGAACAGGAGACAAUCUUUUAACUCCACCCAGAAUGAUGUGACUGUGGUGUUCUACAGUGAUUACAGUGUAACCAAAAAAGGAUUUCGUGCAGAUUGGGUCUUUGUAGAUUCCAAAUCAUGCAGGAAUUAUUGUGGAUAUAGUUAUACCACUUGUUCAUGCGACGACAACUGCCAGUACAACAGAAACUGUUGCCAUGACUUCAAGAGGUAUUGCCAAGUGUCCACAACAACCACUUCAACCAUGACAACAGGCUCGACAGAAUUGUCUACAACAUUCAGUACAACCAUGACAACAGAUAUUUAUGAGGAGCACUAUUGCGCAUAUAGCUGUGAUAUUGACUUUGGCCCUUGUUCAUGCAAGAGCUCUUGUCAGUAUCAUGGCGACUGUUGCCCUGACUAUGAGUUGUAUUGCCAAGCGCAUACAACAUCAUGGCCACCCAUAACAGCAUGUGGAGGACACCUGUAUGGUUCUGGGCUGUUUUCCAGUCCCAACUAUCCACACUAUUAUUAUAACAAUGCCUACUGUGUGUGGUAUCUUUCUGCCCAGGCAGGACAGAGGAUCUUCUUGUCAUUUGCCGAUGUACAAUUGGAGCGCUGUUGUACCUGUGACUACAUCACUGUACAUGAUGGUUCUUCUAUUGGUCAUCAACAAUUGGGAAGGAUCUGCUUCAAUGACACCAAACACCAGAUGUUUCACUCAUCUUCUCGAUACUUGACCGUUGUCUUCAGGAGUGACAACUCUGUUGUCAGCCAUGGCUUUAAGGCCCAGUUCACAAGCUCUCUGACCGCAGAUCAAGGUCGUGUGGACUGUUCUUCAGACAACAUGGUCAUUGUCAUUAGAACAUCGUACCUGAAUUCACUUGGGUUCAAUGGAAAUGACCUUUAUGUGGAUGACCAUCGGUGCAGACCCACCAUUAACAGUACUGAGGUUGUGUUCCGCUUCUCUCUCAACACGUGUGGCACUGGCAAAGAGAUGAUGAAUGGUUAUGUGACUUACACCAACAACGUGCGGGCAUCUCAGUCUCAAUCGGGCGAGAUCACCCUUCAGCCACAGUUUCUGUUACAUGUGGGCUGCAGAAUGGAGCCGGACACUGUGGUGCAGAUACUCUACAAGGCUAAAGAGGACAUCAAUGCUAACAUCACAGGAGCGGGUCGCUUUAAUGCCAGCAUUGCCUUUUUCACCUCUAGCAGUUUCAACCAACAAAUUUUUCACUCUCCAUAUGAGGUGAACCUUAACCAAUACAUGUAUGUUCAGGUUUGGCUAAACAGACCUGAUACGAGCCUGGAUCUCUUCCUGGAGACCUGUGUUGCAUCUCCAGAUCCAAAUGACUUCAAAACCCGCUCCUAUGACCUGCUGCGUAAUGGAUGUCCCAGAGACAGCACAUAUUAUUCCUACAUCAACGGUCAGCAGUAUUACGCACGGUUCCGUUUCCAGGCUUUUAAGUUCCUUCGGACACAUGCCAAUGUGUACCUGCAGUGUAAGGUGAUCAUUUGCCCUGACAAUGAUUACAACUCUCGGUGUCGUCAGGGGUGCCGUUUACGUCGCAAGAGGUCCCUUGAAUCCAACCACCACACCAAUACUAUGAUACUCGGGCCAAUCACACUCAAAGGAGAAAGGCCUGGUGUGAAGAAGUCUGAGAAGAGAAAGAAAUGAAGAGAUCAUCUUCAUUGCCUGAAAACAGUGAUAAUUAUCAAAAUCUCUGUUAACCACUUCUGAAUCCAAAUCAAUAAAGCAUUCCUAAAC